UUCCCGCACUUCCCGCUUCGUCCUGGGAGGAUCGGCGCUGGAUCCCUCGGGAGAGGCUUCUGGAUCCCGUUCUGGGCAGCAGGAAAACAACUCUGACCAAAGAUUCACCUGCAAGUCACCAUUCAAGAGAUAGUAGAAAAUCAGCCCAAGGCAGCCAGUGCCAGAAAGGAUGGAGCCUGGGAAACUCUUGGAUCCCCUGUGAGACACAAGCAGCACUCUUAAAAACCACAAGAGAACCCAUGAAUGCUCAGAGUGUGGGAAAUCCUUUGCUUGCCAGUCCCUCCUUUUGACCCACAGGAAGUUCCAUGUGGGAAGCAGAUCCAGUGAAGGUUUGCAGGGUGAGAAAUUCUUCUCUGGAAAAGACAUGAAAAAUUUCAGAAGUCCCCCCAGACUAAAGCCCUAUAAAUGUGAGGAAUGUAACUUAUGCUUUGGUCAAAGGUCACACCUUCUUAGACAUCAGAAAAUCCACACUGGAGAGAAACCCUAUCAGUGUCUGGAAUGUGGGAAUUUUUUCAGUGAAAGAGCCAGUCUCAGAAACCACGAGAGAAUUCACACAGGGAAGAAACCUUACAAGUGUUGGGAAUGUGGGAGGAGCUUUUCUUGGAGGGCAAGUCUUUGGGCCCAUGAGAAGGUUCAUGCUGGAAUAAAAUCUUACAAAUGCUUUGAGUGUGGAAAAUCUUUCACCCGGAGUUCAUGUCUUUGGAGUCAUGCGAAAACACACAGAGGGGAAAAAAACGAAAACUGCCUCGAAUGUGGGAAAUGUUUUAUCUCAAAAUCAAACCUAGUGAAACACCAGAGAAUUCACACCGGAGAGAGACCCUAUGAAUGCCCAGAAUGUGGGAGACGAUUUAUGUUUCCUUCUGCGCUUGGGAAGCACCAGAAGAGGCACAAGGGGGAGAAACCCUAUGAAUGCGAGGAAUGUGGGAAAGGCUUUCUUACACAAGGAGAGCUUCAGCUUCACGAGAAAAUCCACACAGGGGAAAAACCAUACAAAUGUGAGGAGUGUGGGAAAUGCUUUGCCCGAAAAGAAGGCCUUGGAAGGCAUCAGAGGCUCCACACAGGAGAGAAGCCAUACAGAUGCGUAGAAUGUGGGAAAUGUUUUGCUGAAUGGGGAGCCCGUUGGUCACAUCAUAAAACCCACACAGGGGAGAAGCCGUACAGAUGCCUAGAAUGUGGGAAAUGUUUUGCUCGAAAGAGAAGCCUUUUGACACAUCAUAAAAUCCACACAGGAGAGAAGCCAUAUCAAUGCUUCGAAUGUGGACAAUUUUAUUCUACCUCAUCAUACCUUAGAAGUCAUGUAAAAACUCACACAGGGGAAAGAAACUACAAAUGUUUAGACUGUGGAAGAGCAUUUUCUCAUUCAUAUUCCCUCAAAAAGCACAGCCGAAUCCACACAGGAGAGAAGCCACAUAAAUGCUCAGAGUGCGAUAAAUGUUUUUCUCGGAAAGAUAAUCUUGUGAUGCAUCAGCGAAUCCACACUGGAGAGAAACCCUAUCAGUGUCUGGAAUGUGGAAAUUUUUUCAAUGAAAAAGCCCAUCUGGGAAACCAUGAGAGAAUUCACACAGGGGAGAAACCUUACAAGUGUUGGGAAUGUGGGAGGAGCUUUUCUUGGAAGGCAAGUCUUAGGGCCCAUGAGAAGAUUCAUGCAGGAAUAAAAUCUUACAAAUGCUUUGAGUGUGGGAAAUGUUUCACCCAGAAUUCAGGUCUUCGGAGUCAUGAGAAAACACACAGAGGGGAGAAAAACGAAAAGUGCCUCGAAUGUGGGAAAUGUUUUACCUGGAAAUCAAGCCUGGUGCAACAUCAGAGAAUUCACACCGGAGAGAGACCCUAUGAAUGCCCAGAAUGUGGGAGACGAUUUGUGUUUCUUUCUCUACUUCAGAGGCACCAGAAGGGGCACAAAGAGGAGAAACCCUAUCAAUGUGGGGAAUGUGGGAAAGGUUUUCUUACACAAACAGAGCUUCAGGUUCAUGAAAUAAUCCACACAGGAGAGAAGCCAUUUAGAUGCGUAGAAUGUGGGAAAUGUUUUGCUCAAAAGGGAAACCUUUGGAGACAUCAUAAAAUCCACACAGGGGAGAAAUUAUUCAGAUGCCUAGAAUGUGGGAAAUGUUUUGCUCAAAAGGGAAACCUUUGGAGACAUCAUAAAACCCACACAGUGCGAUAAAUGUUUUUCUCAGAAAGAUAAUCUUGUGAUGCAUCAGCGAAUCCGCACUGGACAGAAACCAUAUAAAUGCCUGGAGUGUUUGAAAUGUUUUGCCCAACCUUCACUUCGCAAGCACACCAGAAGUCACACAGGGGAAUCGCCUUACGAGUGUGCAGAGUGAGAAAACUUUUCAUUGUAAAUCUCAGCUAAAAAUGCAUCAGAAAGUCCAUGGUAGAGAGAAACCUCUUCAGUUGUGAAGAAUGUGGAAAACAUUUUUUUAAAUGUCACAGCUUAUAAUUCACCAGGAACUUCACACAGUCCCAGAUGGGGAAUCCUACAGUUUUUUGGUGUGGGGAAACCUUCACAAUCAGGAAACUAGUGUCGCAAGUGCAUCAUAAGGUCCAUAGCAGAGAUAAAUCUCUUCAAUUGUGAAGAAUGUGAGAAACAUUUUUUUUUUCAAAAGACAUACCUGACUGUUCUCAAGAAUCUUUAGACAAUGGGUUAUAAGAGUGGGGAGUAUAUAUAAUGUUUUGCAGUGUACAGGAACUCUUUGACUGAUGACCAAAACGGGGAAUGCAUUUCUGGUUAUGUUGCAGUCAUAGGUCAAAGCACCCAGUUGUUUUUGUUAUUUUUUUACUGGUCCUUUGUUGAUCAAUAAGGAGAACUGAAGAUUUAGGGAUGAAAAAAUGGGUUUGAGAUGUAGAAGGAAGAUGCAGGAAAAUAGGAGUUUCUUUUCCUAUUAUGUUUUUGUUUUUUAAAAAAUUCAGAUUGUAUUUGUCAUAUAUACACCCACAUACCGUAUCAUUACACAUACUUUUAUUGUUUCUA